AUGAGCAACACGACCACUCCCGCCCCCGCUCCUGAAGUCCGCAAGGACCGCUUCCGUGUCGUCGGCCUCAUGGCCAAGAGGGCUGACCUGACGGACGAGGAGUUCUUCACCUACUGGCGCGAGAAGAACGGCCCGCUCUUCGCGUCCCUCGAGAUCGUGAAGAAGAACAUCCUCAAGUACGAGCAGCACCAUUACAACCCCGCGUUCGAGGCGGGCAUCUCUGCGCAAGGGUACGCUCUCCCCGGAGACUACCGCGGCGUCGCCGUCUUCGAGGGCGAGUCGUACGAGAAGAUCCUGGAGGUCUUCCUAAGCGACGAGUACAAGCGCCUCGCAUACGAUGACGAGGCGAACUACAUCGACCGCAGCAAGAGCGUGUUCCUCCCCGGAUCCCUGACCACCUUCGUAGACCGUACCAACUAG